CAACAUUCCUUGGUCUAACUUGGUUGGAUUUGUGUCUGACAACUGCAGUGUGAUGACAGGCAGAAACAACUCUGUGGUCUCCAGGAUAAAGGAGAAAGUACCUUCAGUGUUUGACUUUGGGUGUAUCUGUCAUCUUGCAAACCUGUGUGCAAUUGCUGGAGUCAAGGCCUUACCCCUUCCUGUAGAAGAUCUCCUUGUAGAAGUUUACUUCCAUUUUUAUCACAGCUCAAAUAGGAAGGAAAAGUACAAGGAGGUCCUGGACUUCACAGACACAGAACCAAGCAAGAUAAUCAAGCAUUCAUCAACAAGAUGGCUCAGCUUAGAAAAGUGUGUUGAUCGUCUGUUGCAUCACUGGCCAGCCCUCCUUUCAUACUUCAACUCUCAUGAUGAUGUGGAAAAGCCUGGACGUGUGAAGAGAUGUGCUGCCUUCCUAAGGGACCAUUAGAUGAGGCUCUACUACCAUUUCCUGAGUUUCAUCAUGCAACCCCUCAAUGACUUCAACACAAUGUUUCAGGCAGAUGAGUCUAGAAUCGGUUACCUUCAGGAGGAAAUGAAUACACUGUUAAGGAAGUUUUUGGGAAAGUUUGUGCGAGCCAAGGUAAUCCAAACCAACAAAGACCUCAUUUCAGUGCCAUUCAAAGACAGCAAGAACCAGCUUAAUGAUAACAUAAUUGCUAUUGGUUCAACGGCAAGGGCCUACCUCAUCGACAAUAAAGAAGAUGUCCCACCAUCUACCCUCCAGAGAUUUUUUAUGUCUGUGAGGAAGAUUUACGAGUGUGUGGCAGCCAAGAUGUUGGCCAAGUUUCCCUUUGGAGAUCCUGUUGUGUGUGGUCUGUCAUUGCUAAAUCCAAACAACAGAGGAGACCUCCCCCCAGCAGCUAUCACUGACAUUGCUAGACGAUUUCCUAACCUAUUAUCAGAAAAGGACAUGUAUGAGCUGGAGGAAGAAUUUUUAGAUUACCAAACAACCCCAGCAAGUGACUUUUGUAAAAGUGAAGGUGUUCGCACCGAUGAGUUCUGGGGAACCAUUCUUCAAAUGAAAAACAAAAUCACCUUAAAACCAAGGUUUCCCCUGAUGCAGAAAUUAGUUUCAGCUGUGCUAACAAUUCCCAACUCAAAUGCAGACUGUGAACGAGUUUUUUCUGUGCUAAAGAAAAUACACACAGAAAUGAGAGGUAACUUAGAGAAUUCAACAGUAUGUGCCCUAUUGUCGACUAAAUUAAAUCAGACAGUGAAAUGUCACAACUUUAAGUCAACCAAGGAUCAUAUAAAGUCUGCAAAACAAGCUUGUCAUAGCUAUAGCAAUAGUUUUUGCUCCAAGUGACUGUGAGUUAGUUAAGAAGUCAAUAUGAUGUGUUGUCUGGUGCAUGUGCUGUGACUGUAUAAAAACCAUAUAAAACCCCUUUUUUGUUCUUUUGUAAAACUUGAUACUUUUUUGUACCACACCAUUGAUUGAUUGUAUUGUAUUGAAAUAUGAAAAUGAAGUUAUCAUA